AUGGUGGAGUUCGCACCCUUGUUCGUGCCGUGGGAGCGCAGGCUGCAGACUCUUGCGACCGUCCAAUGGGUCUUCUCCGCUUUUUCCUGCCUCCUGCUGCCCUCCUCAGCCCAGAUCUGCACCGCAAUCUUCGUCGGACUCCUGUUCACAAGAUUCUGGUUCAUCAGUAUCCUGUAUACAUUCUGGUGGUACCUGGAACGAGACAGGCCACGCCGGGGGGGCAGGCGUUUAGAUUCCAUAAGGCACUGGCACAUAUGGAAGUACAUGAGGGACUACUUUCCCGUCUUGCUGGUCAAGACCGCUGAGCUGGACCCCUCCCGGAACUACCUUGCUGGCUUCCACCCCCACGGCAUCCUGGCGACCGGAGCUUUGACCAACCUGUGCACCGAGAGCACAGGCUUCUCCUCCCUCUUCCCCGGCAUCCGCCCCAAUUUAAUGACUCUGAACUUGUUUUUUCGGGUCCCCUUCUUCAGGGAUUACAUCAUGUCUGGGGUGAGUCUUCCCACCCCUGGCUGGGGGAAGAGGAGGGCUGGAGGCAUGGAGGAGGGACUUUGGGGAGGCUCUCUCUCCCCAGGGCUGGUCUCAGCGGACAAGGAGAGCGGGGAUCACAUUCUGAGCAGGGAGGGAGGCGGCAACCUGCUGGGCAUCGUCAUAGGGGGUGUCCGGGAGGCUGAGAACACCAGGCCCGGAAGCUACAAGCUGGUGCUUCGGAACCGCAAGGGCUUCGUCAGGCUCGCCCUGCGGCACGGGUAACAGGGGAGAGGCCUCUCGGCUCGGGUGGGGAUUGGCAAGGAUUGGGAUCUGGGGGACAGACGGCAGAGACUGAGGCGGACCCCGUUUUGGUGGGACACUCCCCGUCCGCUGACAAAGAGGAUUCUACCUUGGGGACAGAUGGACUGUCUCACGUCCAAAUCCAUAGAAGAGUUUCCACUGGGAAACACGGUGAUCAAAGGGCCGAGGUGUGCAGGGCCAGGUCGCCCGAAGCUGACACUGGCUCUGAGACCAACAGGACCUGGGAGAAUGGAGGUGGGGAGCAGAGCGAGGAGCUCUUCUCCUACCUGAAGCAUCCUUGGGAACAUAAGCUGGCUGGGCAGGAGAGAUGUUUCCAGAAAGCUUGCAGAGGUUUGCAACCUGGGAGGACUCCCUGAAGCAUUCUGGUCUCCCUGUCGGGUGGUGGCCCUGGGAGGAGCCCGACCUGCCUGUGGUCACGGAGCAAGGCUGUGGCAGGUCUGGGGGACACCCGAGGCCUCCUACAUCCAGCCCAGGGCUCUGUGCUCUGCCCCAAGUCCUGGUCUCUGGGUCCCGGCGGGAAGCUAGGGGACCAGCUUGUGCCUUCUUGUACCGCCCACAAGCCCUCUCUCCUGUCGUCCUCAGGGCGGCUCUGGUGCCAGUCUUCUCCUUUGGGGAGAAUGACGCAUUUGACAAGGUAGAGA